AUGCUCGAAAUACCUACGCAGGCUUGCCGGGAGGCCAUGACAGCAUACCUGCCGCCAUGGCUCCGUACGUGGGAAUACAGGCAACCUUGCGCCUGCGACGAGGCUGCGAAGAAUGCCGCCCAGGAGACUCGAACCCGGGGGUACGCAAACGUAUGGUCGCACGACAUCGCCAUGCGCCGCAGGUACCGAGCACGCACGCCCACGGGUGCGUUCAUCGGCAUCGGCGCCGGGACUGGCAGCAGCCGCGAGCUUGCACGGUAUUACUGCACAUGCAGCGUGCAUCGCCUUCGAGUCGCAGUCUCCCUCGAACCCAAGGUUCGGCCGAUGCAACGAUUGAAUGAAGCCUUCUUUCCCCUCCCUCGAACGUCGACCCAUAUCUCCCUUGCGUUGCUGAACGCCCAGAGUUCGUCGGCUGGCGCUCACGUGCCGCCCCGAUGGUUCAAAAGGUUCGCCACCGGCGUGCAUGUAGGGAGUCGCACGAGGAGGAUGGCCAAUGGCAGAUGGGCCGUCUCAUUCGAUGGACUCGAGGGGGCUGCAGGAGUUGGCCUGAUGGCAGAGACAGUUCGUCUCCCUGAUUGUGCGUGCCCGACGUGCCCUCGACCGGACGACGCCAAGAAGGCUUCCAGGUACUUUGGUGCGAGUACCAGCACACAGGUAGCAGGUACAGCAGGUACACUGUAUACUAGGCAAAGUACCGAGUGCAUGUGCACGCAUGUGGUCGCCGACUCGUCGAGACUCGGUCACGGAAAUCGAGAUGCUCCGUCGCUGCCGCGGCGAAUUGGUGUCAUCGGGCGCCUGCUAGACGGCGCCGCAUCUGACAAAGGGAGCAACCGCGCGACAGCUGGUCCCGAGCAACAAUACCACGUCAAGGCUUGCUCCGUGUACGAUGCGGCAUUUGUCCUCGUCGAGCGCACCAAAUAUGGUACCAAGUAG